AUGGAGCGGCCUGGGCAAUGGGCCGCACAUCCAUCACAACCUCGGAUGUGGUACGCUGGUCCGCCCUACGGGAGCCCUGGGAUGCAACAUUCUGGUAUGCCCUACGGGGCUCUUCCUACGCAAUAUGUGCAGCCUUGGCCUCUGGCAGCACUUCCUGCGCACACUUCGCAUCCAGCAGCAAGUCCUUGGGAGAUUGCGCAGACUUCGCAUCGAGCAGCACAGCCUUGCCAUAUUGGAAGCCAACCCACCGCACAGCCGGAACAGAAACGAGAACCUAACCCAACAUAUUGUAUGGUUGAUGAAAAGACCGGACGUUUCAAGUCUUUAUCAAGCAUCAGUCAGGUCAGCGGUGAGAAGUACGAAGGUAUGGUAUCUCAGAUUUUUUGCACAAGUGGUCCUCGAAAACUUCGUGCAGUCACCGCUCAAAAGUCGGAGGAACGAGAGCGUUUAGAGACAUGCAGGGCGAAGGUUGCAGAGUUCCUGCGAAAAACUGUCUACGGCCCUUUUGCGAAUGGAAUGAACACAAGAGGUGUCGGGGAGGAGCUUGCCGAAAUUGAUUCUGUGUACACAGGUUCUUUCGAGGCGUUUGCUGACAACUACAAUGCACUAGGCAAAGUCGUGGUCGCUGCUGACGCAGAUGUGGAGAUAGUGCUGGUGGAAAUUUGUUCGGACAGCCGCUUCGUUGCAAUGAAACUCUACCAGAUCGAGAUCCAAUGUGCUCUCGUUAAACGCAGAGGAUACUUGGUGAGAGACAACGAGUAUGGUUGGGAGCCAAUUCAUCUUCAACCGCAGACCACAGGCUUUGCGAUCGUGUUCAACCGAGCAGCACUCAGCAUCGACACACAGAAAUUGGCUGGAGAUUGUCAGCUCACCAAUGUCUUGGGCUUGCUCGAGAACAAGAAGCUGCACAUUCUCUACUUUUCACCAGAGGCCGCACUGCCUGCAGCAUUGGCAAGGGCAACCGAGGCACUACGACUGGCACAAG